GACUCAAUGCCUCAGCCUUGCAUUACGUCGUUGGCCUGGUCCAACAAAGGCCUGGGUGUUGAGACAAAUGGCACGACCCUUGCAGGUGUUGAUGAGACUGGUAGGUACCAAGAAUUGGUAGGUGCUGUAUAAAUACCCAUCCCCAUAGCCCGAUCCUCAGCAUCAGCGCAAUCUAUCUGUUCAACACCGACGACAAGAGAAGAGAGACUUCAAGUUCUGAACAGCGUCCGUUCCUACGUGGCAAUCGUUUCAAUACCCUCCUACUGAGCUGAGUACUCUCUGGACUCGCAACUGUGAUGCCACUGGGUGGCAAUAGUAUAACUACUACCAGCACUGAUACUUCGAUCGCUAUGGCGACAGUGGAAGUGAGUAGUGUGAUCACCACCACUGCCACAGGCAGUAUGACUACAUUGGAGCUGCUGGACUCGACCGGAGGAGACAUUUUCACACGUUCAGAUCGGGGAGAGAUCUCUAAUACCGCCAAUACCGAUGAAGACGGUUUCAAUCACACCAUUACAGAAUCAUCGCCGUCUCCCAGCAUCGCAGCUACUAUCAGCACCACUGCAGAUUUAAGCCGGAGAGACGUCCUCAACGGUCGAAUUCCCAACGCGGCCGACGACAAUGAAGACAGUUUCAGUUUCAGUUUUAGUUUCAGUUUCAAUAACACGGUGCCACCAGACUCAUCACCAUCACCAUCUCUAACCAGCAUCGUCGACGACAACCACGACCACGACACCGCCCCCGCAGCCACUGUUGACAAUGACAGUGACGUUGACGUUGACGAGGACUACAAAAACGACGUUGACGAGAACGAGAACCAAUACGGAAACGGCGACUACAAUGACUCGUCCAACUCAAACUCAUCUCAAUAUCAAUAUCAAUAUCUAUCCCAAUGUCUAUUCUGCAACAUCCCCCACUCCUCCCUCGACGACAAUCUGAUCCAUAUGUCCAAAACGCACGGAUUUCAAAUCGUCGACCAUCCUGCAAAUUUGUUAUUGGUCGACGUUUCAACCUUGCUCACAUAUUUCCAUUCGUUGAUCUUUGACUGUUUCGAAUGUCUCUACUGCGGCACGCAGCGACAUUCUUGUCAAGCGGUGCAGCAGCACAUGAGGGACAAGGGGCAUUGUAAAUAUGAUUUGGAAAACAAUGACGAGGUUCGAGAGUUUUAUGAGGUGCAGGAUGACAAUCUGCCACACCGGCACGACCAGAGUUCAACUUCUCCCACGUUGAGAGAAGACAGAAGCACUCGAGGACCGAGGAGACGAGUGCGACGAGGACGACAACCAUCAAGACGGGCGGAUGCACGAUCACAGGCCAACCGGCGGAUCGAGUCUGUCGUCGGGACACAGAUAUCGAGACCGCCACCGACACCCUCGCACUCCGUACUCGGAUGGGGUGGACUGUGUCUGGUCCCGCGUACAAGUACGAAAGCACUCAAACAAAAAUCCAUGCUCUCCAACUUGCGUGCAGAUGACCGUGCAAGUCUGAUGCAUUUACCGACGUCACAGCAGAAGGCAUUACUUGCCACGCAGCACAAACAGAUGGAACAGGCGAGCAGAAAAGAACAGACGGACCGGACGAGACUUGAGAGUGCGGCGAAUCGGUUCGGCUGUUUGGGGAAAAUCAGGUUGGUGAGGAAACCGCCUCAUACGGGAAAUGUGCAUAGUUUGAAGAGGUGAUAUUAUAUCAUUCGUUUGGAGAUUGAAAUAGAUAAAUGUAUGAAUGGGAGGAAUAGUAUUUACGACUUAUCCUGCCUAUUGUGUAAGUUCCCGUAGACGCUUUAUCUUGGUACUAUUAGUGAGUAAAUAAUGUUUCAUAUCGCG